CCGCCUCUGGCUGCGGCCGCGUUAACCCCCUGCUGCCCGGCAGGAUUGAAUGUGAACCACCAUGGCUGCUGUCAUCUCAGACAGUCCUCCAAAUCCAAGCUGCAAAAUUAUGACGUUCAGGCCUUCAAUGGAGGAAUUCAGGGAAUUCAACAAAUACUUAGCGUACAUGGAGUCACAAGGUGCCCAUAGGGCUGGAGUUGCAAAGGUGAUCCCGCCGAAGGAGUGGAAACCAAGAAGACAUUAUAAUGAUAUUGAAGAUUUGGUGAUUCCUGCUCCAAUUCAGCAGAUGGUCACUGGUCAAUCGGGGCUCUUCACCCAGUACAACAUCCAGAAAAAGCCAAUGACCGUGAAGGAGUUCAGGCAGCUGGCCAACAGUGACAAGUACUGCACCCCAAGAUACAUAGAUUAUGAAGAUCUGGAGCGUAAAUAUUGGAAAAACUUGACUUUUGUGGCACCAAUUUAUGGAGCAGAUAUCAACGGGAGCAUUUAUGAUGAAGAUGUUGAGGAAUGGAAUAUUGCCCGUCUUAAUACAAUACUGGAUGUUGUAGGAGAAGACUGUGGAAUUUCUAUUGAGGGUGUAAAUACCCCAUAUCUCUACUUUGGCAUGUGGAAAACAACAUUUGCAUGGCACACUGAAGACAUGGAUCUCUACAGUAUUAAUUACCUUCAUUUUGGGGAGCCGAAGUCAUGGUAUGCUAUUCCUCCAGAACAUGGGAGACGUCUUGAACGACUAGCUCAAGGGUUCUUCCCAAGCAGCUCGCAAGGAUGUGACGCUUUUCUUCGCCACAAGAUGACCUUGAUUUCUCCCUCAAUAUUGAAAAAGUAUGGAAUUCCUUUUGACAAGGUUACACAAGAGGCAGGAGAAUUUAUGAUCACUUUCCCAUAUGGAUACCAUGCAGGAUUUAACCACGGUUUUAACUGUGCAGAGUCAACAAACUUUGCCACAUUCCGAUGGAUUGAUUAUGGAAAAGCAGCAAAAUUGUGCACCUGCAGAAGAGACAUGGUGACAAUAUCAAUGGACAUCUUUGUGAGGAAGUUCCAACCAGACAGAUACCAGCUGUGGAAGCAAGGGAAGGAUUUAUACACCAUUGAUCAUACAAAACCAACUCCUGAAUCAACACCUGAAGUAAAGGCUUGGCUGCAGCGAAAAAAGAAAGUAAAGGAUGAGCCCAAAUGCUUCCAGCACACCAGAUCUCGAUCUAAAAAGCUUAAAGGAUUUUUAGAUUUUUCAUCCUCUGGCAUCCUCAAGCCAGAGGAUGAGAGAAUAUCUGGUAUGGUGGCUGGUGCAGAAAUCAUAGCGACAGAAGCAUCAACUGAUGACUUCAAGGUCAAUGAAAAAACAGGAGAAAAAGCGAGACUGGUAAAUACCGAGGAGCCUUCUGGGGAAGAAGAAAACAGUAAUGGAAUGCAGCUGGAUCAGCAAUCAUUGGAUAAUGUCAAGGUCUUAGGAGGUAUCUGUGCAGAAUCAUUCUCCACUCCUGUUCCAGCAACAGAGAAAAAAAAUAGUGAAGAUGAGGACAAGAGAGAUUCCAGUGAGCAUCCACCUAAACUUGAAGAUUGUGUGUCGACCCUGCCCACUCCUCAUACAUGCAGAAAGGAAGAGUGUUUGAAAUCUCAGAAUCAGUCAAUGUCAGCCAUACCAUACCCUACGCCACCAGGACAUAGUUCUGAAGCAGAAAACCCAGAGAAAGUGGAAAGCAUCUCUACAGAGGAUGAUGGCAGUGACCUGAAAAACACAGAAAGUGCCUUGGAAAACAGAGAAACACCUGUUAUAAAAAAGGAUGAAGAUGAUGGCACGGAAACAUACAGUUCAGCAGAAAUGGAAAGAAAGCAAGCAUCUAAGAGUUGGCGUCAUCCAUUAACUAAACCCCCAGCUAGAUCUCCAAUGACACUGGUUAAACAGCAAGCAACAAGUGAUGAAGAACUGCCUGAGACUACCUUAAUUGAAGAGGACAUACAGGAGACAGAGACAUGGGCCAGGCCUCUUAUACACCUUUGGCAGAAGAGAGCACAUAAUUUCAAGGCUGAAAAAGAAUAUAAUGCAGCCUGUGCCAAAAAGGAGCCGCACUGUGCUAUCUGCACACUGCUCAUGCCAUACUACAAGCCAGACAACCAUAAUGAUGACAGUUAUACUUCUGGGGAAACAAACUCUGAAAAAACAUUUAUGGCUGAAAAUGAAAAGACUAAACCACUUAUCCCAGAGAUGUGUUUUAUAUACAGUGAAGAAAACACUGAAAACUAUCCAUCAAAUGCUUUCAUCGAAGAAGAUGGAACAAGUCUUCUGAUUUCCUGUGCAAAGUGUCGUGUACGAGUUCAUGCAAGUUGCUAUGGUGUUCCUUCCCAUGAAAUCCAUAGCGAAUGGCUGUGUUCUCGAUGCAGAAAAGCAGACUGGACAGCUGAAUGUUGUCUCUGCAAUUUGAGAGGUGGUGCAUUAAAGCAAACUACUGACAAGAAGUGGGCGCAUGUAAUGUGUGCCAUUGCCAUCCCAGAAGUCAGAUUUGGUAACGUUACAGAACGYACACCAAUAGACACCAGCAGAAUACCUUUGCAAAGAUUAAAACUGAAAUGCAUUUUCUGCAGACAGAGAAUUAAAAAAAUUUCUGGGGCUUGCAUUCAGUGUUCAUAUGGACGCUGUCCUGCCUCCUUCCAUGUUACCUGUGCCCAUGCUGCAGGAGUGCUUAUGGAACCCGAUGACUGGCCAUAUGUUGUCUAUAUCACGUGUUUCAGGCACAAGAUCAACCAAAAUGUGAGAACUAAGGCAUGUGAGAAGGCCAUUUCAAUUGGGCAGACAGUCAUCACAAAACACAGGAACACACGAUAUUACAGUUGCAGAGUCAUAGGAGUCACCUCUCAAGUCUUCUAUGAAGUUAUGUUUGAUGAUGGCUCUUUCAGUCGGGAUACUUUUCCUGAAGACAUUGUAAGCAGAGAUUGCCUAAAACUGGGACCACCUGCCGAGGGAGAGGUUGUCCAGGUGAAGUGGCCCGAUGGAAAACUGUAUGGUGCAAAGUACCUGGGAACCAACGUAGCCCACAUGUAUCAGGUUGAGUUUGAAGAUGGUUCACAAAUAGCAAUGAAGAGAGAAGAGAUAUACACACUAGAUGAAGAGCUGCCCAAGAGAGUAAAAGCACGUUUUUCUACAGCUUCUAACAUGAGAUUUGAAGAUACGUUUUAUGGAGCAGAUAUAAUUCAGGGAGAAAAGAAGAGGCAGAGAGUAUUGAGUUCCCGUUUUAAGAAUGAAUAUGUGGAUGACCCGGGAUAUCGCAUGUUCUUGAARAGCUCAUUCCAGAAAAAAUGCCAAAAAGGGCUAUAAGAGGAUGCUGUGAAGUCGCACGCAGACACAUUCAAGCACAUGCACAGACAGGUAUGAUGCAAAUAUCCAAACAGGUUGCAGUUGGUUAAAGAGCAUUCAGCAAGAUGCACCRUUUGAGGAUUUCAUCUCUUCAAGUCUGUUAAACUGGUUGUUAUUUACUUGGACACUUGAUUUUACAGCAGAUUAGUCCAUACAUCAACCUCCUAAGUUCAAGAACUUUAUUUAUGAUUUCAUCAGUUCAUGUGUUACAAGUUUUGUGUCAGUUCUGCAAUGUGAAACGGGAAAACCAAGUGAGGUUAAGAGGGGUUGCACAGUUAAAUGCUGAAGAUAACUUUCAGUCCUGCUUCCACUGAAGUCAGUGGUAAAAUUCCCAAUGACUGGUAUGGGAGAAUAUCCAGUAACAAACGUAAAAUG